GAAUCGGACAAGUGGCCGCAUCAUGUGACGAACAUUAGUCAUGUGAAGUUCCAAACUACAAACCUUGCUUUGAACAAAGUAUCUUUCACCGUAAUCAUUGUAUACUUCACCAAGAGCCUUCCAAAACACUAUACAUACCGUGUUCACUUCAUAUCUCGCUCCUUUGCUGCGACCAGGAUACGAUACUAGAAUAUCGAUCAUUCGAGAAGUUGGCUCGAGUUGAGGGCAUUGCAAUCCUUUUUUGUCUUACCAUUACGAUAGAGGUUUGGUAGACCGCCACAUUUGCACGUCAGAUCAUAUUAGGGUUUGGUCCAGAUAUUGAGUCAUACUUUUUUCUUUGCUUUUUUGAAAGGAAAACUUGGAGAGCUUGUUUUAUUUUUCCACGGCAGACCUUCAUUUUUGGGUUGUUCAUAUUUGAUAGAUUUACACUUCUUUGGAGAUUGGGUCUGUACAAAAACUCAAGAUGGUUCCUCCGACUCAGAAUUUGAAUUUGGAUAUUACUGCUAUCUCGGGGAUAUGUGGUUCGAUAUCGAUUGCUUGUUGGAUAGUGGUUUUCAGUCCUCAGAUUAUUGAGAAUUGGAGACGUGGCUCGGCUGAUGGAUUAUCUCUACAAUUCAUUAUUAUAUGGCUUGCCGGUGAUGUUUUCAACAUCUGGGGUGCGAUGCUCCAAGGUGUUCUUCCUACAAUGAUUAUCCUCGCCGUAUACUACACCAUAGCAGACAUAGUUCUUCUAGGCCAGUGCUUCUACUAUAAGGGCUUCACUUGGCGCGACGAAGUUAAGCCACCACCAACCCCACCCAAACCCACCUAUGCAGCCAUAGCAGCUAGCACACCCAGCGAAACCACCGCUCUCCUCAAUGGCUUAGAGAGAAGACAUAGCGGCACCUCUGUCUCAGCUCAACAUCUCUCUCCCGUUGUUCCGCUUCUGGACUCCCCUUCUUCUAACGAUACACCCACCACCAAGAAAGCCAAAAGUUCCCCAAUGCAAACUUUCCUCUUCAAUUUCUUCAGCAUCAUCCUCGUCUGUAUCGCUGGUGUUCUCGGUUGGUGGAUAUCCAACUCCUCUUCUGCUCAAUCUCACAAAACACACGAUAAACACUCACCCACUCAUACCAGCCCAACAUUUUCUCCCUUGGGACAAACCUUCGGCUACCUCUGCGCCGUCCUCUAUCUCAGUUCUCGAGUCCCUCAACUUCUCCUUAACCAUCGCCGUAAAUCUACUCAGGGAAUCUCGAUGCUUUUCUUCUUAUUCGCUUGCAUAGGAAAUCUGACAUACGUCCUUUCCAUCUUCGCUUACGAAGCCCCCUGUCUGACAGCCUCAAGACAUGGACACUCCAAGUGCGAAAGUGGCGAAGCGCGAUCCGAAUACCUUCGCUACAUUGCUGUCAAUGCGAGUUGGCUAGCAGGUAGCGCGGGUACGUUAUUAUUGGACGCAGGAGUUUUUGUACAAUUCUUUUUGUACGGAGAUGGAGAAGGGAAGGUGGUAGAAGAGGAAGCGGCUGUUCAAGGGAAUGGAGAGACGAAUGGUAUCGUGGCUUGAUAAGUAUGGGUAUGAAAAGUGUUGAAAUGUAGUGAGAACUAAAAUUGAGUAGGCACCGAAAGCUCGGUGAAAGGGGAUGAGGCGUGAUGGUUGUGAAGUAUAGUAUCUGUGUCACUAUGUACACUACACGUGGAACGACAAUUUCUUAUGAAAAUUGGAAAAAUAAAAGGAUCUUGGAUGGAUAGGAUGGAAUGGGAUAAAUUUGCGUUUUAAUUUUAAGGUGGUAUUUUGGAAACUUGUAUCAUCACAAUAAAAUUGAGUCAAAGUUAAGAUCUUGAUUUAAAGAGCCACAAUCCCAUAAUUAGUAAAAUAAAUGAACAGGAGUAGGUGAUAGUUUGCUUGCA